AUGGGGAAAGACAUCAGUAAAGUGGAGCGAGGACAGUGGAGGGCCACCAUGAUGGUCAGGGACUGGAGUCUUGGCUUUUGUUCUUCUAUUAUAACGGGCCCUACUAAUGUGACAGUCCUAGCUGGUUCAGAAGCCCGGUUUAAUUGCACUGUGUCAUUAAGAUGGGUAAUUCUCAUCUGGUUGUCAGACGGAAGUCCUGUCCUCACUGUAGUUAAUCCUCAGGGAGCUAUUGUAACAUCAGACCGCUUCACCUCUCAAAAUUACACCAGCAGUAAUGGGUUUACCUCAGAGCUGAUCAUCCACGACACGCAGCUGAGUGACUCUGGUAAAAUAGAGUGCAGCACCCAGCAAGCUAACGAGAGUGCCUUUGCAUUUCUUUCUGUUCAAGUUAAUGGAUCUUUAUUCAUCAAAAAUAGCACCUUUACAGUAAAAGAGAACAGAACAGUUGAAAUUGCUUGUGAAGCCUUAGGAUGGGCUCCAGCUCCAGACAUUACCUGGAUGGCAAAUGACUCUUUCAUAGAUAAGUCGAGGUAUGUUACCCAGCAAAGUCAAGGAUCUAAUGGCCUUCACAAUGCCAUGAGCGUCUUAACUUUGACUCCAACGGACACUGAGAUUUUGACUUGUUUAGCUGAUAUAGAAGCACUCCCUAGGCCUCAGAAUGCAACUGUAACUGUUUUUUUUCUCAACUCUACUCUAGAAAGUGAUCACCGUGAAGACAGCACGAGCACAUGGAUUAUUGUACUUGCAGUUGUAUUGUCACUUGUUGGUUUUGUUCUUCUGAUCUUUAUCAUUGGGGUUGCCGUACGCUAUUUCUGCCAAAAGAAGAAAGGCUCCACGUAUCAAAAUGAGAUAAGAAAAGCUUCAACUAAGAAGAAAAAUAGUGGCCAUUCACAAAACAGCCAAAGAAAUAGUAACGAAAAUCGUGGAUACAUUCCAGAGGAACCAAAGCACACAGAACACAUCCCAGGAAUUAUCUCUUUUCCCCCAAUGGCUUCCAAGUUUACUGUCCCUGAUCCAGAUUCAUAUGCCAGUUCCGUAUCAAAGGUGCGACCUCAAAGACAUACUGAUAAUCCGAUCAGUCCAAAGAAAAUUAGAAAUGUGACACAUGUUUAGGACGUCCUUUUCCAGGAAAAUCCUCUGUCAGCUGCAUGUUACACGUUUGGACGGCUUCCUACAACAAAGAAAGGUCAUCACCAGUUCUGUCGGUUUAAGCUACAGGUUAUUUUUUGUUUAUUUUUUUGAUAAUGGAAUACAAUUGCAACCUUUACCACAUAGCAUACAGUAUCUCAGCAAUAUAAUGGACAUGAAUGACAAUCUUAAAUUCAGAGGCAAUGAAUUCCAUGAGACUCUAGAAGAACAGGAAUCCAUGCUUCGGGUCCCAAGGAAGUCAGCAAAAUUGGGCAGACAUCUUUGGUUAUCCACAGCAAGGUCAAGGACUGUCACUGUUAGAGAUUUAUGAGUUUGGAAGAGCUGGUUAAUAAUAAUACUGGUUAAUACAAUACCUACUGCAUUUUUAAAAUUUACUUGAUGUACAACUGAUCACCUUAAGCUCAUAAAUCAAGAACAUUUUUCAGUUUCUGUUCUGUAAUAAAAUCAAGGGAAAUUUUCAUUAGGGGUCUUUCAAAAUUACCAACAAAACAAUCUAUGGAUCAGAAAUAAUUUUUUUUUCAUUUCAAUACAUUCUUUUGUUAAAGUAUUUUUUAAAAACAAUAUUCCAGUGUCAAGUAAAAAGCACUCACCCAUGUGCCAGAAAGUCAUGUUUUGAUUGAAAGGCAAAACUCUUAAGCUGAAAAAUGUGGAUUUGAAACUCCUAACUUGUAAGAGUUGUUGCUUGAAUGCUUUAUGCCUCUGUUCUACCUGUGGGCUGAGUUUGUCAGCCAAGUGAUGUGUGUCACAGAGAAUGGUGGCUGGUGAUAUCAUGCUGCACCCUCUUGUUUCGUCAAGGAUGGAAUUGACAGUGACUGUGAGAAAUACAGCCUGGCUAGGGAACCUAGCCAGUAGAACAGACCUGGCACAUGGGACCCUAUAUGUGCCUUCCCAAACUAAAAAUAAUGAUUUCCAGCAGCAAUGUUUUGGCUGAAAUUUUAUACUUCACAUAAAAAAUUUCAGCUUAUUAAUUUUUUACACAAAGGCAAACUUCCUUCACAAAAGAGGCUGUUUUCCAGUAUACUCUCUUUUCCAGCCACUCAAAGCAUUCUGAAUUAUCCAGUGUUUUGCACAUUAAUCUUUCAUAUGAACCCAUGUGUGUGCUUUUUGAGUGAUGAAAGAAGUAGAAACAGAACUACUUCUUCAGUGAUAUUCUGUGCAAUGAAAACAAGAAAUCCAAACCCUGAUCUCAGGAAAAAGUUGUUUUGCAUGUUCAGCAUUUGGGAUCUCAUUAAAUAGUGACAGAUUUUGCACUGUUGGUCACAUUUUCUUUGUCAGUCUAUCAGAAAAAGAGCUGAAACCAAUUCAUGUCCUGUCAUGUGCAAUUGUUGUUUCAAAUUCUGGCGGUCUCCACUCUUUCUGUCUUGUGUGGUUAAAGCAGAGUUUUGAAAUGCAUUCUCUUGAACAACAUGGUAUGUAAAUAAUAGUAAUGUUAUACAGAGAAAAUACAAAUAAUUUAUACUGUGGAA